UAUGUCCAGAAUAGGAACCUGUGCAUUUACGUUCGACACAGCCCACACAUUCAUUCCGCACUGCUGUUCACCGAAUUCAUUUAAGAUUUUGGCAGCACCAGACAUAAAUUUUCGGUGAAUCGAGCCUUUUCAAAGUGUAGAAAUCUAAAAUUUUGCAUCCAUUUGUACCAUACCAUCUGUUUAUUGUGCCAAAAAUGGCCAAAAUACCGACGUAUCCCGAACUGGGCAAGCUAGCCCGCGAUCUGUUCAGGCGCGGCUACCAUCCGGGACUCUGGCAGAUCGAGACCAAAACGAUGACUAGUCCGGGCAUCGAGCUUUUAUCCACAGGCUUCACCAACUACGACAAUUCCAAGGUUUCCGGUAUGCUGCAGAGCAAGUACAUCAUGGAAGACAAAGGACUGACACUCACUGAGGGAUGGAAUACGGACAGAUACAUCUUCGGCGAGAUUAUGCAAAAGGACAAGUUGUCUGAGGGCUUGUCGUUGGGCUUGGGGGCAAGGUUCCGGCCGUCAACGAACGACCUUGAUGCUAAAUUCAGGGUGCAAUACCUCCAGGAAAAGUUCCAUGCUUUGGUUGAUCUGACUCUGAAUUCGUCGUACCCUGUGUUAAACGCAUCGGUGGUGAUGCCCUACGAAGAUUUCCUGGGAGGCCUGGGCCUCGAGUUAGACCUUCACAAUGUGUAUGUCAACGCCUGGAAGGUGGCUCUUGGCUGGAGCAACGAACAGGCUACCGUUCUUGCCGAACUGAAGGAUCACGGCGCCUUUCUGGCUUCCCUCUUCUACAAGGUGGAUGAAAAAAUCGAUGCGGGUGUCGAGUUAGACAGAACAGCCCGUUGGUGGGGUGACGGUGGUGGCGACACCGACAAUCCCGAGGAAGUCCAAGAAUAUCACGGCGGCGAUGUGAUAGUCAGCCUGGGUAUGAUCUAUCGCCUGGACGAAAACGCUUUCAUCCGCGCCAAAAUCAACAACAUCGUGGAGUUGGGCUUGGGCUACGAGCAGAAGUUUGGCGAAGGAAUCACGGGCAACAUAUCGGCGAUCCUUGACUUUCGCCGCUAUUCUGGUUACCACAGGAUUGGAGUGGGGGUGGCUCUGCAGUGCUAAGCACCUUUCUAAUAGUUUAAAAUUCCAAAUGGGUUAUAACCAAAAAAAUAUAUAAAGGCACUAUGUAACAUUAACUUGUUAAAGAAGGUUAAUAAAAAUAAAAACACGGGAGAAAGCUAUCUCUCUAUUACA